CGUAGAGGGAGGGAAAUGAUCAUGUCUCUCACCAGAUUGAACUUUUGAAGCAGGUCAGUUCAGAACGCCAUAACUUAAAGAGUCAGGCAUGGCGACAGUCAGGGUGCUGCUUCUGGAAACGCUGGAAAACCUGCUUCAGCAGGAGCUAAAGUCUUUCCAGUUCCGUCUUCUGAACGACGUCCCCGACGGCUUCCUCCCAAUCCCUAAAUUCUGCCUGGAAGAUGCAGACCGACACGACACAGUGAAUGUGAUGGUGCAGAAAUACAACCAACAGGCCGUGGAACUGGCCAGGAAGAUCUUAGGGAACAUCGGCAGAAACGAUUUGGCGCAGAAGCUGGCUCAGAAAAGCUCAGAACUAAAAGAGGAGACGAUUGAAGCGCCAGAGCCUCCAACAAAGAUCAUACAUUUCCAACAAAAACUCCAAUCUAACCUCGAGAGCAACUUCACGUGUGCCCCCGGGGGUUUAACGGAGACGAUGGAUCAGUAUCGGUGUCUGGAUGACAUCUUCACAGAGCUGUUCAUCACCCCCGGAGGCGAGGUGCCCAUCAACGAUCAGCACGAGGUCAUGCAGAUUGAAGUAAAAGGGAGAUUAACAGGCACAGAAACAUCAAUCGAACCAUGUAACAUUUUCAAAAGCCCGACUGGAAACAGCGUACCCAUAAGAACAGUUCUAACGACUGGAGUUGCAGGAAUUGGCAAAACAUUCCUCGUGCAAAAGUUUGUGUUGGACUGGGCCAAGGGAAGAACCAAUCAAGACGUGCACCUCAUAUUCCACUUCACUUUCCGCUCACUGAAUCUACUGAAGGGAGAAAGGGUUCGCUUGGCUGAGCUAAUCCACAAAUGCAUCUGGGAAACCAAAGACAUCACCAAGACGGACCUCACUGAGAUCUUCACAAAACUCCAGGGGUCGGGAAACCGUGAUUUCAACAAGAGUGAAUUCAAGCUUCUCUUUGUGUUCGACGGACUGGAUGAAAGCCGCCUGCAGCUGGAUUUCACACGCAGUGGACAGAUGCCGGCUGAAUUCAAUGUGGCACAGUCAACCUCCGUGGAUGUUCUGCUGUCAGCCCUUAUCGAGGGGAGACUGCUUCCCUCGGCUCGAGUCUGGGUAACCACACGGCCUGCAGCAGCCAAUCAAAUCCCUCGACACUUUGUCCAAUGCAUGACAAUGGUGAGUGGAUUCACUGAUCAACAGAAGGAGGAGUAUUUCAAGAAGAGAUUCCCAGACGAAAAGCAAUCCAGCAAAAUCAUCUCCCACAUCAAGGCAUCACGAAGCCUCUUCAUCAUGUGCCACAUCCCAGUCUUCUGCUGGAUCACUGCCACAGUUCUGAAGGAUGUUUUGGAGAAGAGAGCGCAGGCUGAUCUGCCCAAAACCCUGACUGAGAUGUACACAGAAUUUGUGGUGUUUCAGAUUACCCUGACAGCCGAUAGAUGUGACAGAAAAAAGAGCAUUCAGUACAUCAAGUCAUUGGCAAAGCUAGCUUUUCAGCAGCUGGAGAAAGACCACCUGAUCUUCUAUGAGAAAGACCUGAAAGAGAGUGGCAUCGAUAUCCACAGAGCGGCAGAGUACUCUGGAGUGUUCACCCAGGUCUUUAAAGAGGACCAUAGGAUGAAGAAAGACGACAAGGGCAAGAUGUUCAGCUUCGUCCACCUCAGCCUGCAGGAGUAUCUGGCUGCUCUGUAUGUGGUCAUGUCUCUCAUUAACAAAAACAAGAAUGUGCUGUCUAAGCUGACGCUGGAGAAACUGUGCAUGCCUUGCAAGAAACAAUGCAUAACAGAAGUCCACAAGAUCGCCAUUGACAAAGCCUUGAAGAGUUCUAACGGGCACCUGGACUUGUUCCUGCGCUUCCUGCUGGGCCUCUCCCUGCAGACCAAUCAGGAUCUCCUGAAGCACCUGUUGACUAUAACACAAGAGUUUUCUCAGGCCAACCGGCAAACCAUACAGUCCAUCAAGGAGAGGAUCCGGGAGAACGACUCGUCAGAGAGGAGCAUCAAUCUGUUUUACUGUCUGAACGAGCUGAGAGACGAUUCUCUAGAAGAAGAGAUCCAACAGUACCUGAGUUCAGGAAAGCUUUCCACUCGGAAUCUCUCCCCUGCUCUCUGGGCAGCUCUCGUCUUCAUCCUGCUGUCAUCAGAAGAAGCCCUGAUUUUUGACCUGAGGAAAUACUCUGCUUCCGAGGAGGGUCUACUGAGGCUGCUGCCAGUGGUCAAGGCCUCCAACGCAUCACUGAUGAACGACUGUAAACUGUCAGAGAAAAGCUGUGAAGCUCUGGCCUCUAUCCUCAGCUCUCAGUCGUCUAAACUGAGAGAGCUGGACCUGAGUAACAACGACCUGCAGGAUUCAGGGGUGAAGCUUCUCUGUGCCGGACUGAAAAGUUCACAUUGUCUCCUGCAAACUCUCAGACUGUCCGGCUGUAUGAUCACAAAGGAAGGCUGUGCUCUUCUGGCCUCAACUCUGAAGUCCAACCCCUCCCGCCUGAAAGAGCUGGACCUGAGCUACAAUCAUCCAGGAGAAUCCGGAGCGAUGCUGCUGUCUGCAGGACUGGAAACACUCAACCUCGAUCAUGGUGGAGAGCAAAGAUUGAGACCUGGGCUUCAUAAAUACGCUUGUGAACUCACACUGGAUCCGAACACAGCACACAAAUACAUUAAACUAUCCGCCAAAUCCACGAAGGCGACAACCGUGAAAGAGGAGCAGCCGCAUCGUCACCACCAUCUCAGAUUCGAAUGCUGGCUUCAGGUGCUUUGUGGCACUGGUUUGACUGGUCGCUGUUACUGGGAGGUGGAGUGGAAAGGCAGGGUUUAUAUAGCAGUGACCUACGCAGAGAUCAGACGGAAAGGAGAGGGAGCUGACGGCUGUCUCGGAGCCAACGAUCACUCCUGGAUGCUGCUCUGCGACGAUGACGGCAGUUACUCCGUCCGGCACGAAGACAGAACGACGCACAUUCGUCUCGACUCGUCUGCGAAGCCAAGCGAAAAAAAAAGAGUCGCAGUGUUUCUGGACUAUCGUGCCGGGACUCUGACCUUCUACAAAGUGGCCUCUGACGAACUGAUAACCCUCCACAAGUUCAAGUCCACGUUCACGGAGCCGCUUUACCCUGCGUUCGGGUUCGGGUUCGGGAAUGGAUUUGAUGGCUUUGGUUCAUCAGUGUCGCUGAGGGAGGUGGAAGGUGACACCUUUGAAUCCCGCUGUUGAGGGAAGACACUGGACGGAUAACUUUGGACAGAAACAAUGGGCCUCCUGAAAUGACGUUCUCUUCCAUUUCUGUAAAGAGAUGCAUCAAAUAGCUUCAGCCACAGUGAAAUGUGGAACUUUGGACGUCGACCCGGAAGUGAGCUGCACGGGUUCCCUCGAUAAAAAAGCGAGGUGAUUUCUCCAGAGGAUUUUGGAAUAUUGUGAAAAAUAAGAUCUGUAGAAAACAAAACUGUUUGAUGAAUACACAUUCUGUUCAGCCGGAUAAUCCCCACAUGUGUACCCUACUUUUAUAAUUUAGAAUCAUAAAUCUGAUCACCAGAAGCAAAAUGCUAACGUGAUGCUAUAAACGAACUACAGAGGAGUACAGCGGGGUCGCACAACUUCAACGUCACGCCAACUUAAGAUCCUUUCAACCGACUUUGGCCCUCUUUCAUAUUUUAACAAAGCUUUUGCUUUCAGCCACACUGAGUUUAAAUGGGAUGAAGCCUGAGAGCUAGUUCAGGCAGUCAACUCGAGCACCAAUGAUACAUUCGCACAUAACGCCCCUCGUCACUCUUGCAACCAACCAAACACAGUCUCCUAAUCUGGCGCUCUAUUUAAGCUGUUGGAUCUACCUCGCUAAUGCUGCUGCUGCUACUGCUGCUGGGCGACGACGUGAUCCGUCUCGUUAAAUGUGUGUCAACCAAAGACCUUUAUUUGAGAAAUGUUCCUAAAUCCUGCCGAGAAAUCCCACGGACUCUGAGACGGGGGAACCGGAAGUGGUAAAAUGCUGACUCACUCCCGGGCUCCCGGGUGUUCCUGCACCGCUCUGUGAAGACUGUUGUUUAAGAUACUGUGUGAAAAUGUGAAAUGAAAUCACCUCAAUAAGGUACAUCCUGCACUGGUUUGUUUAUCUGGAUGCUUAAUGUUUUCAUUAAAAUGGAAGUACUGCGACAUGAAAAAGUGAUGGGGUCACAAAG